UGUUUAGAUAUACAGAACACGGAAGGCUUAAUAAAGGUCAUAUGAGUCUUUAAGGGGAGGAGAAUAUAAUAAGAUCUGGUGGGAGGGACAAGCACAGCAACAAGGAGCGACCAGAAACAGGUUUGCAGAAAAAAACCACAGAGAAGCGCCUCUUUGGCUUCGUGGAUCAUUCUUUCUCCCUCAUUUUCAAUUUUCUUUUUUUUACACUGUGGGACCGAGAAGAAACCAGCUGCCUGGGAGAGAUCCUGGGAGUGGACUGGGAAGUGCAACCUCCUUUUACUCCGUCCCCAUAAAAGUUUCAUCCAGCUGCUCGCAAUGUCUGCUCCUGCUUACCCAGGCCCUCACAGCAACCCAUCCUACCCCUACCCUCAGCCCGGCGGCCAGUCCAUAGCCCCUUAUCCGGUUCCUUCGGGCGGGUACGGAGACCCCAGUCAAGCCCCUCCGGCGGGCUUCAACAUGGCCUACAAUCCAGGCCAACCUCCUGUCAUGUAUCAGCCUGGUGCCGUUGGCCCAGGCCCAGUUCCAGGUCCGGAGUAUGGCGCCCCUCAGGGAGGGAUGUCGCCGGCUGGGGCUCCAGCUGCGGUUCCUGUUGGUGUACCACCAGGGCUCGAGUACCUCACACAGGUUGACCAGAUCUUGAUCCAUCAAAAAGUGGAACUGCUAGAGGCAUUCAUUGGGUUUGAGACCAACAACCAGUACGAGAUAAAGAACAGUCUGGGCCAAAAGAUCUACAAGGCCAAAGAGAAGAACGACUGCUGCACCAGGAACUGCUGCGGCUCGCUGCGCAGCUUCGACAUGAAGAUCAAGGACAACAAUGACAUGGAGGUCAUUCGCCUCAUACGGCCUUUCCGCUGCGUCUCCUGCUGGUGUCCCUGCUGCCUCCAAGAGAUGGAGGUCCAGUCCCCGCCCGGCACCACCAUAGGCUACGUCAAACAGGACUGGCACCCUUGCCUGCCGAAGUUUUCCAUCCAGGGACCGAACAAGGAGACAGUGCUGAGACUGGAUGGGCCCUGCUUUGCCUGCAACUGCUGUGGAGACGUGAACUUUGAGCUUAAGGGCAAAGAUAAUGACAAGCCAUGAGAGUUGGGUCGCAUCAGCAAGCAGUGGAGCGGCCUGUUGAAAGAAGUCUUCACAGACACGGACAACUUUGGCAUCCAGUUCCCGCUGGACUUGGAUGUGAAAAUGAAAGCUGUGCUCAUGGGAUCCUGCUUUCUCAUAGAUUUCAUGUUCUUCGAGAAGGUCGGGGAGGCCAACCAGCGCAGCACGGUGUUUUCAUAACAGGAAAAAAGGAGGAGAAAACAACAGCAGGAGAGCAAGUCAUAGCAAACGGCAGUUAUGUAUUCUCUGUUCUUGUACUGUUUUUCUCAUUUUUUUUUUUCAAUCCUUCCUUCACCAAAUUCCAGCAGAAACGGUGCUAAUCAAAGGAUUAUUUUCCACACACAGACCAAAUUGAGCUCAUAAACUCUUGAUUCCAGAUGCCUGCCAUGGCUUGUUUUUUAAAAUCUAUCCAAACUCAGUGACUGAUACCAGCGCCACAUUGCCAAUGUUCUUUACACUCCAUACAACUUGUAGUUUUAUCUAUUUUAAAUGGGUGAACGUUACCUCCAUCUGAGAUUUAAUCCAUGCCAAAAAAGUCAACCUUUGUCCCUCAAUUUCUUUUUCAGGGACAACACAUAAAAAUAUGACUGGGUAUAAAAAUGUUUUUGUAAUGUGCUUUACACAGCAGCUAGCGGCGGCAGUUACUUUGUUUCUUGUGCUAAUUAUCAAAUGUUAGCAUGCAAGCAAGCUAAACUAAGAUUGUUUGCCUGCUAAAAAUGUUAACCUGCUGAACAUCUGCAUGUUAGCAUGCUGACAUUAGCAUUUAGCUCAAAGCACUAAGCACUGCACGCAGAGCUGCCAGCGUGGCUGUAUGCUUUAAAUCCUACAAGUUAACAAAAGCUUUAUAUAAUAACUUUAUAUAAAUCAGCCAUAGUAAACAGGCUGUCAUUAUUUAGCGCUGUGUUAGCGUCUUUUUGUGCUCUUUCUCUACCACUCUACCACCUCUCUCCUCCUUGAAACCCUUUGUCUUAAACAUUUGUGUACAUAAUCUAACAAUACUGUAGCACAGGCUACAGUGUAAAUGCUCUCAUGCUCCCUUUGUGGUUUAAUAGUUGCCAUGGACACUGACAUCAAUGCCAAACCUCGCCCUCCAGUCUCUCCAGAUGCCACUGCCUUCACCAUUUGCCAGUAUAACGAUAUAGGAGAGAUAUGUUAUCUGAGUAAAGCAGGACUGGAAAGAAAAUUAAAACCAGAAGUUGAGGUUAUUCAUCAUCAGUUAGUGGCGGGUAAAAGGAAACACAUUGGCUUUCUGUAAUUUUUGUGAAGCAGGAAGAGACCUGAAUGUAAACAUUUGAAAUAUGGUCUGUUUUAAAUCGCUGUGCUUUAAAAUCGAUGAAAAGAAAAUGUCAGGUUUAUGUUUGCAAAUGCUCUGAAUUGCAAUUGAAUGCAACUCUCUGCUCUGUAUUUAAUAAUCUUUCUCGUCAGACACCAUGGGUGUGCCUCCUGUGAGGCUUGGUUGCCACUAGUGCUCUCAAAUGCAGAUCACAGCUCUCUCUUACUGAAUCUGUCUUAUAAACUGUAUAUGCCAACAUCCGCCUCUGUACAGUACAUUUAUUGCAUGUAUGUACACAGUUUUUCAGAAAUAAAACAAAUGCCAUAUGAAUCCAUACAUAAGUAGUGUUG